ACUCAACCGAUUUGCAUCAAAUAAACGGUUAUUUUUUAUGUGCGAGUUCGUAAUUUCACAAUGUUUGUUCAGCUUUGAAAAACAUAACGAAAUAUGUACCAGUUUCUGUAAACGCAGGACGUACAUCACUACUUUAGGAAGGCGUAUCUCAAUGAAGGCGGAUCCGCUACAAAUAAGAUCGCCGAAGACGGCCAUAGAACUUCUAUCAACCGGCGUUCGCUUACAAAACAUGCCACUAGUAAAACAGUGUAUUGAAAAUCUCGAUCACCAAUUAGAUAAAACUAACGUUCUUAUGAUAUACUCGAGCUUAUCCAAAUGCAAAAUGCCCACAAGUAACAAAAACGAUUUCGAACCAUCCGCGCCUCCCAUAAUCGAAAACGAAACUCAACGCGACACGGACUGGGUGCAGGAAUUAACCGACAGCUUACGUCACAAUUGCUUACUAGUGAUAGACAAGAACGCCGAUUACAUCCUCAAACAGAAGGAAAUACUCGAACUAUCAUAUCUAGACCUAAUCAACAUCACCGAGAGGGACACUCUGCAAGUGACCGACGAAAUGUUGAUUUACAGCGUCAUCCACCGUUGGGCAAUCGAAGAGUGUCAUCGUCGCACACUCAACACUCACCUUCUGAAUUUAAAAGCCGUACUCAGACAGCUGUCCUACACUCCACGGUACGGUCUAAUGUCAAAAGCGAAAUUCAUGACGAGAACUGUGGACAACGUAAAGGGUCCUUCGCGCAGCGGAAUUUUGGAGGAGAAAGAGUGGCGACUCAUCAAGUUUUACAUCGAGGAGAAGAGCAAAAAGAGGCCGGUCGAGGAGCUGCUGCACAAAUGGUCGCGGCCGAGGACAAUUGGGAACGAGAAACCAAAAGUGUUGAGCCGAAGAAGUUCCUCGCCACACGCUGGUAACACAAGUUCGAAUACCUCAACAACAAACUGCCAAAGUAAAACAACUUGCGAAAAAUGUUUACUUAAUUUUUUAACAUGUUGGACUGCCAUUUUCGACUGAACUUUUUCCUCUUUGAUGUACUUCUAACAAUAUUAUCGUUGUGAUUUUAACUUCUAUAGGUAUAGUAUUUAUUUGUUAAUGUUUAUUUUAGCCGUUUUAUUUGCCAUAUUUUUUAAUACUUUUUUAACGAUUAAUAUUAAGACAUAUUAUAUUUUAGCUGCAAGUCUGUGAUUUGUUACAUUUAAUGCUUUCAUUGUUUAUAGUGCCGUUUCAUUUUCUAUACAAAUGUUGCGUUAGAGCACUUUGAAAUGGUGCCAUAAUAAGAAAAAAAGGGCUGGUCCUAAUAUUUUGUAUAAUCUUAUUAGUAGGUAUAGGUAAUUAGAAAUGAGCAGGAAGUUUAGUAAAACAAAAUUUAUAAAUUUUACUCUAUGAAUUAGAAAACUUAUUAGUAGUUAUUAUUAUGCAUUUUGCACCUAAAUCAUUGUUAUUGCAAUAUUAUUACCUAACGUGAAUUACUACUGUAUUAAUUAUGAAUAAAUUUAUAAAAUCGU